GCGCCCUCCGCCAUCUUGGGGGCGGGCGGAGGUGACGCCAGAGCUGUUCCUCCACUUCCGGCCCCGCCUCCCAACGCUGGGACAGGGUCGGCUCGUGGUGGAGGCGGCCGGGGCGAUGGCGGAGGCGCUGCAGAAGAAGCUGCAGGGGGAGCUGGAGAAGUACCAGCAGCUGCAGAAAGACCUCAGCAAGUGCAUGACCUCCCGGCAGAAACUGGAGGCGCAGCUGACGGAGAACAACAUUGUGAAGGAGGAACUGGACCUCCUGGACUCCUCUAACCCCGUCUACAAGCUGGUUGGGCCGGUGCUGGUGAAGCAGGACACGGACGAGGCGAAGGCCACGGUGGGCAAGCGGCUGGACUACAUCGCAGGGGAAAUCAAGCGGUACGAGGCGCAGAUGCAGGACUACGAGAAGAAGUCGGAGCAGCAGCGGGAGGGCCUGGCCCGGCUGCAGGCAGAGUUCCAGAAGGCCCAGACCAAGGGGGCUGUCAAGGCCUGAGCCCCCCUCUGGACCCCCAACCAGGACUGUGCCAAGUGGGGUGGGGUGGGGUGGACAUGGAGCUCGCCAUUAUGCUGUAGCUGUUAAUUUGCUGUUUGAAAAUAAAAGUCAGGUCAAGUCUC